AUGACAAAGAAACGGAGGAAUAAUGGCCGAUCAAAGAAGGGCCGUGGUCACGUCCGCUUUAUUCGUUGCAGCAAUUGUGGACGAGCAUGCCCUAAGGACAAAUGUAUACCAAAGUUCGUGAUCCGCAACAUCGCCGAAGCUGCGGCUGUUAAGGAUCUGAAUGAAGCAUCAGUGUACACCGGCUACAAUCUUCCGAAAUUGUUUGUCAAGCUGCAGUACUGUGUCAGCUGUGCUAUCCACGGCAAGAUCCUCAGAGGUCGCGCUAAGAAGGACCGGAAGAUCCGUUUGCCCCCCAAGAAGAAGGAAUUCAACAGGAACAUGCAGGACAACCGGAAUUAA